UCGUGGGUUUACCUAAGAUCUUUGGUUAGAGAUAAGCUUCUGAAUUAUUUCAAAGUAAAAAACACAAAUCAAUGCCUUAUUGUUGUCAGUAUUAAUGAGUGCCGUAACAUUUUAAAUCUAGAGAUAAUUUCCAUUAUUUUGAUUAUCGGUGAUGAAAUUAUGAAGUUUUUGAGUUACACAACUUUAACUGUACUGACAGUUGAUCUGUUAGCUACAUCUGGAGAUAUAACGAUGACAUGGACGUCCCCAAUGUACUCAAAGCUUUACUCCAACGAUUCGUCUAUAAAUCCUCUUCCUAGGCCUAUAACCGCAGAAGAAGAUGCAUAUAUAGCAUCUUUAAUAAAUAUUGGUGCUAUGGUUGGUGGAAUUCCUUUCAGUUUUAUUUCCGAUCAUUUCGGACGAAAAGUCGCCUUACUGGGCAUAGGAAUCGUUCAUAUAAUUGCCUACCUAUCGAUGGCGUUCGCUAAAACCGUAGACAUCUUCUACUUCGGCAGGGCAUUCGGAGGUCUAGCAGUUGGUGCUGGUUACACCCUACUGCCCCUUUACAUAGCGGAGGUAGCAAAAGAAGAAGACAGAGGAUUAUACUCUAUGACCAUGACUGUAUUUUGGGCGUUAGGUAAUUUCAUGCCAUAUCUAGUAGGACCAUUCUUGAGUGGGCGAAUGUUCAAUUUAUUUAACGCAGCUUUUCCUAUCGCCUUCUUCAUUUUGUUCCUCUUACUUGGAAUUGAGACUCCGUUUUACUUGGUGGGAGCCAAUAAAAUGGAUGAAGCUGAAAAAGUGUUGAUGGUACUACGAUCUCAAGAUGAAAAAGGUGUUCAAACUGAAUUAAAUCACAUCAAAGAUACUCUGAAACAAGAAGAGGAGACGCCACCAAGUUUCAAGAAUAUCUUUAUUAAUCCUGGAAUUAGAAAAGCCUUUAUUAUUUCUAUAGCAUUAAUGUCGUUCCAGCAAUUUUCUGGUUGGAAUGCUAUAUUUUUUUAUUUGCAGCCAAUUUUUGAAGCUUCUGGAACUAUGCUGCCUUCGUAUAUAUCUUCCAUGAUCGUUGGUGCUUCUAUUAUGAUCUUCAGUCUACCAGCUCCGUACUUUGCAGAUAAAUUUGGAAGGAAGACGCUUUUAAUAUGUUCUUCGACUUUAAUGGCAAUCUGUCUAUUUAUGUUAGGUUCAUUCUUCUACUUUGAAAAUAGAACCAAUUUUAAUAUCGAACCAAUAGCUUGGUUACCCAUAACAAGUCUUCUUAUAAUGGUAUUUGCUUUCGAAAACGGUAUGGCAUGUUUACCAUGGACGGUCUCUUCGGAACUUUUUCCGAAAAAUUUCAAAAAAAUUUCAGCUUCAACGACAUCAGCCGCAUGUUGGUUCGCCUCCUUUUUGAUGACACAAUUCUUUAAUGAUAUGACCGACGUUUUCGGUAAGGAUGGAACGUUUUUGUUCUAUGGGAUGUUCAGUUUGGGUUGUGGCGUUUUUACUUGGUUUUAUAUACCGGAAACCAGAGGAAAAACUUUUAUAGAAAUUCAACAGUUAUUGCAGAAGUAAGAUAUAUGUUUCCGAUGUUUUCGAAAAAAGGGAACUCUGUUACGAUUUAAAGUUCAUUCAGAGAAUGAUGGAUUAAGAUGUGAUCAAUUUCAAUCGGGAAACGACAAUUAUUCAACUUUUUAAUUAACUAUUUUGAAAACAAGUUGUGACGUUUCAAAUUGUAGUGUGAGAACGCUAGUUAUAGCACAAGUAGAAGUUGGAAAGGCUUGUGGUAGGUAGAGAGGGGGUGAACGUCAAAUUACGUCGGACGGCUUCGAGAAUUUCGCAGUAAUGUUUACCUGCCAGUGUCGUUUCAUAGAAUAAGUGUAAUUUUAAAUUGUUACCAGCGGAACCGGACAAUCGCAUAUAUUUAUGGACUAUAAAUAAUUAUUAAACAUGUAUUAUAAUAUUCAAAUCAUAAUUUUACAAAAUUUCAACAGCUAUUCACAAUUUAUUAAACUAUUUACUCGAAAUUGUUAUUAACAUCUAUAAAAUAAUUUUGUACGCCAAUGUAUCGCGUCCACUUCGGUUAAAUCCGCUGCAAACCUGUCAAUUUAUGUGUAUAAAGUGGGAUAACUGGCAAAAGCCUUUCCAACUUCUACCCCUGCUAUAAGUCUCGAAAGUAUUAUAUUGAAAUGCUGGCAAAUCAAGCUAGCGGCAGUAGCAUGAGUAGUGGCAGCACGAGCGAUGUGUUUAAAUCACAUACUUUGAUUUUCUAUUACUAUACGGAAAAUGGUCGCACUGCGCAGCUUUCUGAGUGCCUUUUAAAAGGAGAUAGAAAACUCCGCCAUUUUGAACCCUUAUUACGUGUUGCCUACAUCUUGGCGCAAUAUUUUUAAUAGGUGCGUUUUAAUCAUCCGCUUCUGCUUUGGAAUUGUCGGUUUUCUUGUUUUAAUCUGACAGGUUAAAACG